GUAAGUGUUUUUUUCUCUCUUCAUUAAUUUAUGAAAAAAAAAUCUCAUAAUGUGGAUAUUUUAAGAAUCAGUUAUACUAUAAAAUAUUGUCUUAUUUUUUUUUCAUUUAAAUCAUUUUUUGCUUUUAUUUCUAGACCUAAUACCUUUAUUUUUAAGAUUACUUACGAUGACUUGUUUUCUUCUCAUAAUUGAGGAUUUAUUGUUGAUUUUCUUUUAUUUAUUCAUUUUUGGUACAACAUUCAAAUCAAUUUCUCAAUGUCCUCUGAUCUAAAUGUAGUGCCAGCAGUGAAUGACUAAUUAAUUUUUCUCUGUAACUCCACAUCCCCACUGGAAAGCAACCUCAAGGGCCUGGAGUGCCAUUUCACCUGGGAUCUGGGGCAAAUUCGAAAUGAGCUCCAGGGGUUGAAGAGGAACAUGCAAGAUGAGCAGGCGUGCAUUAGACUGAUCCACUAUUACAACCUGCUGGGCUACAUCCAACAGGCUCUCGGCUUCAACACAGAGGCGCUGAUGUACCUGCACAAAGCAGAAAGUGUGAUGCAGGAGCAGGGAACAGAAGCUGCAGUCCGGCUGCAGGUCAACAAAGCUAACCUGGCUUGGAUCUACUUCCUCAUGGGAGACAUGGAUAAGAGUAAAGCAUACAUAGAAGAGGUGGAGAAGCUUCAGCGAAUGCAUCCUGCUCCACCUGGAUGUGCUCUACAUCCUGAAGUCAGUGGAGAAAAGGGCUGGACGCUGGUGAAGUUCAACAAGUCCAAGAAGCGUCAGGCGAUUGAUUAUUUUAAGAUUGCUUUGAAAGCAGAACCAGAAAGGAAGGAAUGGCACAAAGGUCUUGCCAUAGCCAUGAGCAAGACAUAUAUAAAGUCUGAAUUGACUCCACAGCUGGAGGAUGAAAUACUACAGCAGGUGAAAACGGCAGCAGAGAUGGACCCAAAUGAUUUGUUCCUUCAAUCCUUUUACAUACUAAAAAAGUUUGAGGUGCAGGCAGAAAAAAAUGAUAAGGUUGUACAAAGUUUACUAGAGAGAUCCAUUAAUACUGGAAACUUGGAGGGUUUGGGUUAUAUCCUUGAAUAUUUUAAGAACAUUUCAAUUGAGAGAGCGAUUCAAGAGGGAGAAAGGGUUCAGGAAAUGUUCCCCACUUGCCCUAAAGUCUUGAGAAACCUAUACAAUUUAUACAAAGCGAAAUUGUUCGCUAUGAAGGAAAACAGCCAGGAAAGGAAGAUCUUGACUCAGACAUGCAUGAAGCAGUUUGAGAAGGUUGUCAAACAUUAUCCAGACUGUGUCAGAGGAUGGUUAGCUCUUGCAACACUGCACCGUUACGAACACAACACUGAGAGAGCAGAUGAGAUUUACCAGCAGCUCCUGUCAGAGAAAGAUGAUCUCCCUCCUCAUACACAACAGUUACUGUACUAUAGUUAUGCCUGCCAUCUACAUCAGAGAAGACAGUCCAGAGAUAAAUCAAUCAACUUUCUCAUGAAAGCAGCAGAAAUCCAAAACAUUUCAGAGGACAAACAGAAAAGCAUAAUGAUUCUUAAACAAACUGUGAAGAAUGACAGAAACCCUCGCUGUGAGGAGAUUUCACAAUUUCUCAAGAGAGUUCUUAAUGAUGAGUAAAUAGUCUCUUUAUUUCACUUAUUCACACAAAGUGAAUAAAUAAGUGUGAAGGUGAGGUCAUCUUUACCACUGUUUGGUGC